AUGACCCGCAGCGACAGAGCCACGGCGCAAGAUAUUUUGCACGUUUUGGCCCUCGAUGACAUGCGGGCCGAUGGGCAACCCGGCCGGGGGAUUGCAGCAGGCAAAGGAGGCCGGAGCAGUCAGCGGUGCUGCCCCAAGGCGCCGCAACUGGCAGAGGCCACGUUGAACGACGCAAGCGCUGUCACUUUCAUGCGCCGGCUUGAUGCCGCCAGCCUGCUCCUAGAGGCGGAGGAGCUGCUGCAGCAGCGUCACCAGCCCGCGGUGGCUGAUGGCUGUGUACUUCCGGUGGGAUUGACCGCACCAGCGUGGCACCGCGACGAAACGCAGGGCCCUUCAUGGUCGCCGCAAAUCUCGUUAGCCGCGGCCACGGCGACGGCGGCGCGAAAGACAGGGCCCGUCUCCUUCGUUGCAUUGAAAGAAAGCCGCGCGGGUGCAGACCCAGUAGACAAAAAUGAGGGAAACGCCAGGUGCGCGAAAAGUCAUAAGAGGAAAGAGACGCCGCCUGGCGCAUUUCACACACCAUGCCGGCAUUAUUCUGUCGAUGACUGUUGCAGCGGUGCGGGGCAGGCGAAGGAGGAUGGUGCGGCGAUUCCCAACACAAAACUGCGCAUCUCGUCCAUGGACCACCACGGGCACCGUGCUGCCUCUGACGAUGACGGUGAGGGCGGUGGCCGCCGGUUCAUCACCCGCAGGGCGGGGGGUACGCUUUUGGACCCCAAGCAUGCCGCGUUGCGGGCGGCGUUUACUGCGCCGGUUACAGCUACCUUGACUGGCCACUACGACGCACUGACCCCAGCUGGACGUGAAGGUGCAGCCGCCCUCGCUGCUUUGACUGCGUUGCCGAAGAACGUUACACACGACGGGUAUGACACCCAUGAUGCCGAGGCAGCGGGAGUCCAUGACACGAUUUUCUCCUUGAAGGAGACGCAACGCCUGCGAUACACGCCACCCAUGAUGCAGGACGAGAAAUCUGACUCAUCUGCCUUGCCGCAUGCCGUGAGGCGUUCGCUCCACCAACGCCUGAGCGUAGUUCGCUCUGUGCAACGCGACACCGCCGCGGCGUUGGAGGAGGCAACCCAACUACUGCUGCAGGAACGCAAAUGGGUCAUGAUGCGGUGCACCACCCUCUACGAUCGUCUGGAGCUGCUCAGACGCCAUCGCACCACGAUGAUGAAGCAGCUACGGUCCGUCCACGGCGAUGCAGCGGCGGCACUCUUCUUAGACACGAGCCGUGACGUUUGA